GGCUCACUUCGCCCUGGAGGGUAGAUCGCUUAGAGUGGAGCGGUGAGUGUGCAGAGGGAGCCCAGCUCCGAUGCAGCUGGUGCGGCACCCCAGGAGUGAGCCUGUCCCUGCCGGCAGCCCGGGCCAGCACUGUGACAGUCCCCAGAGCUCAUAAAUGCUGAAAAUUUCCCUUGAAGCCUAAGAAGCCCUGAUUGUGGAAGUGCCCCACAAACACUGUUAACCAUAAAGUAAGGAAGAGCAUGACCGAGCUGUCUGCUUGAGUCUGAACUUUGAAGAGCACCGUGUCCACCGAAAUACACAGGAUGGAUCUGCACCCAAACAGCACCAUCAGUCUCCUUGAGAAAUGGUGUUCAGAGGCAUCACUGCCUGGCUGCAGGAGGCAGCGUAAUAUGAGGAAAAAACUGAAGUUAAUUCGCAUUUUAGGCCUUUUCAUGGGCCUGGUAGCCAUUAGCACUGUUCCGUUUUCAAUCAGUGCCUUUUCUGAGACAGACACGCAGAGCAAAGGAGAGGCCAGGGUUGUCAGUGGCCCUAGUGUAGCACACAGUUACCAUCAAAGGACACUCUUAGAUUUAAAGGAUAAGAUCUGGGAUUACACUUCACAGCCACCUCUUUCCCAGGAAGGCAAAUCUGAGAACAGUACAGAUCAUGCCCAAGGGGACUACCCUAAAGAUAUCUUUUCCCUUGAGGAGCGAAGAAAAGGCGCCAUUAUUCUCCAUGUUAUAGGAAUGAUCUACAUGUUCAUAGCCUUAGCCAUCGUGUGUGAUGAGUUCUUUGUUCCCUCUUUGACCGUCAUCACUGAAAAACUCGGCAUCUCUGAUGAUGUGGCUGGAGCCACCUUUAUGGCUGCGGGGGGCUCAGCCCCAGAACUUUUCACCUCCCUCAUAGGAGUAUUCAUUGCUCACAGCAAUGUGGGCAUAGGCACAAUCGUAGGUUCCGCAGUGUUCAAUAUCCUUUUUGUUAUUGGAAUGUGUGCUCUGUUUUCCAGAGAAAUCUUAAACCUGACCUGGUGGCCACUCUUUCGGGAUGUGUCCUUCUACAUUGUUGACUUGAUCAUGCUGAUUAUAUUUUUCCUGGAUAACGUUAUCAUGUGGUGGGAAAGCAUGCUUCUCCUCACAGCUUAUGUUGGCUACGUGAUUUUCAUGAAGUUCAACGUGCAAGUAGAAAGGUGGGCGAAGCAAAUGAUAAGUCGCAAUAAGGUUGUCAAGGUGGCAGCGCCAGAAGUUCAACCAAAGUCAUCCACAGACAGAGAGAAGGAUGACCCAGCUCUACCGGCUAAGCCACGUCUCCAGCGAGGUGGAAGUUCUGCCUCCCUCCACAACAGUCUCAUGAGGAAUAGCAUCUUCCAACUUAUGAUUCACACUCUGGACCCACUUGCUGAAGAACUUGGAUCAUAUGGAAAACUAAAAUAUUAUGACACAAUGACUGAAGAAGGGAGGUUCAGAGAAAAGGCUUCAAUUCUCCACAAGAUCGCCAAGAAGAAGUGCCAAGUGGAUGAGAACGAAAGGCAGAAUGGGGCUGCCAAUCAUGUUGAAAAAAUCGAACUCCCAAACAGCACGAGCACAGAAGUCGAUAUGACACCAUCCAGUGAGGCUUCAGAACCUGUACAGAAUGGAAAUCUCUCCCACAGCAUUGAAGCCGCAGAGACCCAGCAGGCCACAGGGACAGCUGAGGAAGAAGACGACCAACCCCUCAGCCUGUCCUGGCCUUCCAACACCCGCAAGCAGGUCACAUUCCUGAUUGUCCUCCCUAUAGUGUUUCCUCUCUGGAUCACCUUACCUGAUGUUCGCAAGCCUUCAUCAAGGAAGUUUUUUCCCAUCACAUUCUUUGGCUCCAUCACUUGGAUCGCAGUAUUCUCUUACUUGAUGGUCUGGUGGGCACACCAGGUUGGAGAGACCAUCGGCAUCAGUGAAGAGAUCAUGGGUCUGACCAUCUUGGCUGCUGGGACCUCCAUCCCUGAUCUUAUUACCAGUGUCAUAGUAGCCCGGAAGGGGCUGGGGGACAUGGCAGUAUCCAGCUCUGUUGGAAGUAACAUUUUUGACAUCACUGUAGGGCUCCCACUGCCCUGGCUCCUGUACACCAUCAUUCACAGAUUUCAGCCCGUGGCUGUCAGCAGCAAUGGCCUCUUCUGUGCCAUUGUCCUCCUCUUCAUCAUGCUGCUGUUCGUUAUCCUUUCCAUUGCGCUCUGCAAAUGGCGGAUGAACAAAGUGCUGGGCUUCAUCAUGUUUGGCCUCUACUUUGUGUUUCUGGUGGUCAGCGUCCUCCUGGAAGACAGAAUUCUUGUGUGCCCUGUCUCCAUCUAGCAGAAAAGCCAUAUCUUGAACCAAGAGCAUGGAUGGCCCUCUCAACUCUGCGCACUAGGCUCUUUGACCGCUUGAGAAGCAGCAGCUGGCCAGAGCCCUGGGUGCCAACCAUCCCUCUCGAGUGGACUGGAGGAGGGAUGGAUUCACCCUUGCCUGCUGAAAUGACUCCACGCCAGACACAAAGGGAACCACCGAUAGGGGCUUCUCUAUUCACCACUGACAGGUACUCCUCGCUGGUCGGAGGUACAUUUAUUGUAAUGAUGCAAACAAGGACAGAAUCUAAAUAUACACAUAUAAAGUAUACAUAUUAUAAAUAUACACACAUGAACACACAAAUCCUGCCUGUUCCUGUACUAUGCCUCUCCUUCUACACCUGUAGAUUAAUAUAUAACUGUACACAAAGAAAGAAAAAUAUAUAUAAAAUUAUAUAUAUAUAAGUACAAAUGCAUCUUUUCAGGGAUAGCUCUAGUAUAUUUAUAGUACCUAUUUUAAAAUGGGCAUCGACCUUCAGCCUUUAGUCUGGGCUUUACCUCAUAAGUGCAAGAGGUGAAAUGAUACCAACAAGUGGAGGUGGCAUUGCUGUGACUUUUGGCCUACCUUGGAAUUUACUGAGAUCCUGCCUAGUAAGGUGGAUGGUUUAGGGAAACAGUUUGCAGGGAGGAGGGCUUAGCAGAGAGGCUAAAGGGCCCUGAGUUGAGCCUUCCAAAAUGAUCCCACAAACCAAACAAGGAAGACCAUAUGCCUACUCCUACUGGGGUGCACUGAUGUGACCCUCUCACCAGGUAUUUAGGACGGAGAGAGGUAAAACCCAGACUGGACUGACACUAGCUUGGGGGAGGGUGGUGACCAGGAUUGGAUUCGUUUCUUUUCUUUUUUUUUCUUUUCUUUUCUUAAUUCCCCAGCAUGCAAAUAGAAAAUAUGACUGCAAACCAAAUUAGUGCUUUUCUAGGACAGCAAAAGUAUAUAAACUGAACCUAUAUUGUUCCAGCACAUAUCCCAUUAACAUCAAAAGAAGGAGAGCAGUUUUUGCUGUGACAUCCUUUAGAUGUAUUUUGAAGCUAAGGGCUCACAUAUAGUCAAACGCCUGCCAGAAGAGCCUAGAUGUGUGAUAGAAACACCAUCCAGUAGAGGUGCUCAGCCAGACGUGCCACCUACUGGAAAUGUAAAGGAGCAGCUCCAAAAAGCAUUUUCCAGUGUGGUCAAAAAGGGCUUCAGUGUCUAAGAAUCAUUAUUUCCAACAGAUCUAUAUUAGCUGUAAUCAAUACUGCUUGGAUGGAGACAGUUUAGAGAUGUUUGCAAAGACAGUACACUUGGGCACCCCCAAAAGGUUUCUGAGUUCUGUUAAAGGGUUUAGUUAGAGCCCAAGAAAAUUCUGUGUCUAUCUGAGGCUUUUUCUGAUUUUUAGAGUACACUGAAGACUAUAUUCCAUAGCUUCAUUAUACUGGUUUCAAGCCAAUUACCCCACUGUUUUGAUUUCUUAAUUUUGCUCAGCUUUUCAUGGGACAUGUGCCCUUCAAGUUCUAUUUGACAUUUUGUAUUAUUUCUCAGGUCUACUUCAGUGGAAAAUAAAACUAGCAGGGUAUGGGAGUGAACAAACUAAAUCAAUGAAAAAUAUGUAGAACCUUCAUUUCUCUCAAGUAAACAGAGGAUGGCCCAUUACUGUGUGUCCACCAUGCAUCUAAGUGGGCACCUCCCACAUGUGUACAUACGGAGUUCACCAUGUGUGUUCAUGUCUCCAGUCGAUUCUGCCUGCUCCGAUUGUGUGAUGAGCACAUACUUCUUAAUAUAGGGAGACAGGAGGUAGGACUCACAGUUGAACACCAAGAUGAGGUGACCAGAGCCCCAGACCAAGGUCAUUCCUCCUUCCAUGAACCCUCAGCUUCCUCUGCAGAGCACGGCGACAGCAGGAAGUGCCCAUCCUAGCUCUUCACUGCAAAGGGGAGCCCCCGCCCCGAGAAAGCAAGAAAUCAAGUUUCUGCCACUUAGGAUGCUUGUUUUCAAGGCUCUGCAACUGUGCAAAGUUGGUUUUUCAGAUGUGUGGGAGGAAGAAAACUGUGUCUCAUUCAUCAAAGGCAAGAUUUAGUAUUAAGUCAAGAAUUUGUUAUGUGUUUAGAGUAAGAGUGAGAAAGUGAACUUUUAGUUUUAAAACAAGUUGUUAAGCCUGUAUAUUACUUGAAGGGGAGCACAGAUGGUUAAUGUGUGAAUCCUAUUUUACUGACUGACUUGUGCUUUUUUAAAAGGUUCAAAUAGGUGACUUUGGACACCAGAGGUUUGUUGUCACCUGUUCUGAUUUCAGCAAUUCCUGAUCCUCCCCUGCCUGCUCACUCUUUUUCACUCAUUCCUAGCUCACAGUGAAGACUCAUGCAAACAUUCAGCAAGAAUUUUACUUGCCAAAGAGUUGGUAGCUGCAUUUCAUAGGUAGUGUUUGGUCUUUGAUGAAAAGUUGCUUCAGAGAAGACAACAUUUCCAAGCUGAGUUCCCACAUGAAUGCUGUGCAGUCAGCGUGGCCUGAGGAAGGAGUGUUCCCUGGCCGAAUGGUGGACAGGCACCUUCCAUGUAUGUGGCGAUGUGUUAGUGCAGAAUCAUUUACACUAUUUCAAGAAACUUUCCACAUCCAGGUUUUCAUCUUUAAACUCUUUCCUGCAUGCCUGUGUGUGUGAAUACCAGAUUUGUACAAUAUCAGCUACAUCAUCACCCUGUGAACCAGUCACAUUCAGAACUCCAAAGCAAAGAGCAUUAAGUUUGCCAAAGUCAAAGAAAAGAAAAGUUAUGCACACCAACCAAAGGGAACAUCUCUUCCUUGUCUCAUAAGGUUGCUUGGUUCUAUGCACAUAUGUAUACAAACAUACACAUAUGCACUUAUGCAUUCCCAGCUCCAUAAUAUACAUUUAUAGCCUUAAGGAAAUGGCCAGCCAUAUCCCUACUGGUGAUCCAGAGGCAAAGAGUAUGCAACAGAAAGCACAGAAGAAAAAUUCAGACUGCAGAUACCCUCUUUGCUUCUCUGGAGCACACACAAAAUAAUAGCAAAAUUUUAUACCAACAUCUUACUAAAUCUAAAAUGAAUGAGUUGCACCCUAAUGGUUUCAUUUACUCACAGCAAACCAAAUAGAUCUUGCUUUCUUGCUGUCACCUCUCUUGUACCCAGGCAGCCUUAGGAUAGAAAACAAUGCAAACCAAAAAUGCUAUAAUAGAAACUUCUAAAUUGCAUCUAAGAAUGCUCACAACAUAUCCAGCUGCCCUCCUGGCCUGACCAAUACCUAAUGAGCUGAAGCACCUAAAAGAGGCUGUUGUUUAUCUUCCCAGGACCUAAGCUGAGUCAGGUGAUGACUGAUCAGGAAAGUCAAAUACAUGUGCAGGGACCAAAGGGUAGGGUUGCUUGUCAGCUUGGCAGAUGCAACAGAACAUCCUAAAAUUUUGCCUGGAAGAUUAUCAAAAGACACAGGAUAAAUGCUUUGUAAGACUUCUAACAGGUGUCACCUGACAGAGGAUGUUAUAAUUUAUUUUAUAGAGAAGACAUGAAUCAGGUGAUUUGGAGCCCUUUCAGCAAAACACAGCUGCCUCGCUGAUUAGACAUUUGAUCAUGUCAAUGAACAUGCAUUCCUGGGCAGAGAGGAAGCUGGCAAACUACCCGCUGUUGCUCACAUCUUUUAAAUGUCUCCAUAACAGUGAGAUAGGAGAUGAGCUAUAAUGGAAAGCGCAGCAUGCCUGGGCCAACUCACCAGAAAGUUGAUCAUGGAAAAGACAACUGGUAGACCUGCUUGCCAAACAGAGUUGAAGUUGGGACUUGGUUAAAAUAAUGCCCUGUUUAAAUUACUGCGCUGAAGUAUUUGAAAUAGUUCUGAUGGUCUAUCUGCAAGCAGUUCACAAAAUUUCAGUGUGCUUUCUUUCCCAUAUCUACAUGCACAGGUACACAUACACAAAUUAUGUGAAUGUUAAGUUUCUUGUACCCAGAUUGCUACUCCAGUAAGUAAGUGACCAUAUUAUAGAUAGCAGCACUGCUCCAGACAAAAUAAAGUUGUUCUCAGAGUGAUUUCUGAGGAAGCAUGCUACAGAAGCUAAUACUGAUUCUUGCUAAGCCAUAUCUUACACAUCACCUGGCUUAAUAUUUUUAAGAUACACCCUCAAGCCCUACCUACAUCCCCCUCAACACUAUUUUCUUCAAUUAGCCGAUAUGGUCUUAGCAUUAAGAGUUGGUAAAAGGCAAGAAAUAGGAAGAGAAGAGAAAUUAACUGACUUUACCAGGAUUUCUAAGAAACUGUCACAUUCAAAUGUAUGUUUAUGUCAUUUAAAGUGAUUAAAAAUAUCAGGUUUUUCUAAACAACUAAAAAAGCCUAUAUAUAGUCCUAGAUUUUAUUUUAAAUCUCACCUCUGGAGGCCUUGGGAAACAAAGGUAAUCAUGUCCCUUCCCUCCUGUCUAUUUGAGUUAAGCUCCCUGCCUCUGUAUUUUUGUGCUUCUUUUUUAAUCUCAUGUAUUCAUGUUAUUUGAAAUACAUAGCAAACAAGCAAAGCAAUAAAGGAAAUAUAGCCAACUCAACUCUAUUAUUUAUUAUUACAGCAUUGCAAUAUUCCUUUCAUUUCGCUAAGAGUUUCAGGGCUACGUAGGCUGUGGUACCAGCAGAAAAACUCAUGCUAGCUAUAUAUAGAAUGAAUGUGUUUUCCACAUAAUCCCCAAAGAAGGUGCACAGAACCCUUUUACACAUCUCCUUCACCUACGAAAAAUCAGCCUUUCUCACAACGUGUGAACUCCAGAGCAUUCAGUCUGGCUAGUGAGUUUUCAUUAUGGGAAGAUUAGGUGAUAGGCAAAUUCAAAUGAGUUUAUGGAUAGUAAUGGGCUGCGUGGAGCACUUUGUUACUCAGUCAGAGCACUUUUUACUACAUGAUUGACAGACUGGAAAACCAAAAAGAAUUAUUUGAAAAUAGACAAAUAACCUAAGUCUGAUGGACUGCCUUGAGUACUCAUAGGCUGCCACCAAAGAUUCAAUUCCAUUAAGAGUUUGUCCAGUUUAUCACCAUAAUCCAAAGAAUAGCAUCCUCUAGGAGAGAGAUCCCAGCAGAGAUGUUCACGGUAUAACCAAGUUCCACGUUUAACAAUCAUCAGUGUUGGAAAAGUCUCUGACCAAGUUAACCCUGGGUCCUCCAGUUGAAGACUUAACCUAUUUUUUCUUUUUGGAAGAAACUACAUGUGAGCACUUUCCACUCUUUACCUUAGUAUUUGGACCUCCUUUUAUCCAAAGUAUUUUUACAUUUUUAUUUUGAAGUCUUUUUUACCCUUUUAAUUGUUUUUACAGUUCUUCUGUACUACUACACUUUAAAUGCUCUACUGUGUUCUUAAAUGAUUGUACCUUAUGACCGAUGAUGACACAAGCCUAAGUCUCAACAGUGCUGAAUUGUAACCUUGAGCUUCAAGCUUCACUCCCUUGUUAUGCACCUCUCUUGCUCUGACCUUUUAAAAAGUCACACUGUGCUGCUAAUUCACAUUUAUCUUUGUUCUCUGUGGCCCCUGUAUGAAGCCAGGUAUCUCCCAGCCAGCCUGAUACAUUUGCAUUGGUGUCUGCCUAUUGGGAGCCCCUCUCCUCUUGGCCUUUUUAAGUCCCUUUUUCCAACCCCACUUCUACAUUUGAAGUCUUAGCUGGACCAGUCCUUACCCUUCUGCAAGGUUCUCACCACCAACUUCCCACUUUACUUGAACUUGGAAAGACUGACAAGCAUUUUCUCCUACUCCUCCUCGUUGAUGUGAAUAUUGGAAAAAGCCAGACCUCUUCCUCCAAUGUGUUUUGUGUAACUGACUGCUUCUUGGGGGGCAGUCUCUGCUGCUAAGAUGUGGGCAGGAUUCACCACCACAGUUAAGCAAGGGAGUCAGAAUACCUUCAGAGGACCAGUCUUGCAUACACCAGCAGGGGUUUGUUCUCCAGUGAGAAACAUCAACACGGAGCACAGCAUUAUCCUGCAAUACCGGUGAGGUCCAGCUCACAAAGUCUGCUUUCAAGGUUAUUACCCCACAUUCACAAAGAGCUCAGAAUAGGAGACACACCACUUUAGAUCAUUCCAACAAGCCGGGCUUAUGCUCACCUCCAUUGAUUUACCAAAAGGAAUUAAUAUUUUCAUUUCAAAUAGAAAGUCAGGGAAGGCAAGUUCCUUCUUAUCUACUAGUACUGCGGUGUGUUCACUUCCUCAUGUGGAAAGUGGGACAGAAGCUGUAAGGAGGCUGAUUAGUGUCCUAGCCUAAGAAAAUCAUCUACGGCUCCCCAUAAAGGCAGAAAUUUUCUCUUGCUGUCUUGCAUGUUGGGUUGCAUAUUUCUUCAAAACAGAUCUAUAAGUAACUGAAGAUUUGGGUACUAAUGGUUCUGUAAAACACUCAGCUAACCAAAAGAGAAAACUAAUUUUUUAAAUAAUGUCAGACAAAAAAUGAGGAAAAAGGUAAUAUAAGUCUGAGUGCUUGAAUAAAAUCAUUUCAAGGAUGAAAUUGCAUGUGUGAAUUAAGGGUAGAUAACUUUGCCAUUUAAUUAAAUGAAUCUCCAGUGCUCAUCAGAAUAAAACUGAAAGACAAUGGAUGCCUUUUGGGUUUUUUAAUUUUUUAAUAUUGCACUUUAUAGUACUUCAUAAGAGACAAUUGUCUUAAUUAAAGCCAUAAAAUACCAAUAAUACAUAUAUUCAGGGCUUCUGAAUAUAGAAACUCAAUAAGCAGUCCAUGAGUCAUUCCUGUUUUGUAUUGUUUGUUGUAAAUUGGAGUUUAUCUGUUCUAUUUUUAUUACCUAUGAUUAUUGUUCUAGACAAUCCUAAUCUACUAACAAAUUUCAGAUGUAUACUUUAAUAAAGCUGUUUGAAAAACUGAUGAAAUUAUUGAUUUCACAAAAGCAUUCUUCAUUUUCAGAAUAGGUUGUUAUACACUUCCUUUAAAUAGCAAAUUCUAAUACUACAUUGAAAAAUAUUUCCUUUUUAAAAAUUAACUUUUUCAGGAACAUUUGUUAUGCAAAGCAAAGUUCACCCAUAUGGAAAUGAAAUGGAUAAUUAGCAAACAUACCUGGGAAAUUUAAAAUGUGCUUGAGUUUUUAUGUAAAUACAGGAUAAAUCUAAGAAGUUCCCUUAUAAAAAUGGCAAAUAGAGAUGAAACUCAUCAGUAAUUUCUUAUGACUAAAUUAGUAACCUUUUCUGGGAGGACAUGAAAAACAUCAGAUUUCAUAAUGCAUUGGGUGACUUUUUUCCUACUAAAAUACACAAUUCCUGGUGUAUUAUGGUGUAUUCCUGGUGUAGUAUGGUGAACCAGGAAUUGUGUAUUUGUACACAUACAUACAUAGAUGUCCAUACAAAUGAAAACUUCAAUGUUUUACUUCACCAUAACUUUUUAUAUAAUUUGAAUGAAAGCUAAUAAUAUAUUUUUAAAAGCUAAAUAAUAUAUAAAAGCACUUAAUAACCUAGAAAAUCUACCACAGCUAGGUACCAAAAUUAUUUACAUAGAAUAUGUACAUGUAUUAAAUGGAACAACCCUACCGAUUUUAUGCUUCAGGAGCCAAUUGCCCUGAAGAAAGGGUUCUGGACACAGAGCCAGUAGUGUCCCUUUACCAGGAGCUGUUUCAUGGCCUGAAGAGUUUCUACAGAGGGCAAAGAUUGUCCGGAAGAGGGAGUUCUGUUGGCUUGUGACUCUGCAGACACACGCACAGAGUCGUUCAUUAUACCUUGUAUUUAGUUUUGACCUCUCACCUGCUUCAGUUUGGGGGAAAAAAAAUAAAUGAAACCCACAAGCAAAAGUUCCCAUCUUCAAACUGUGGACUCAAAAAGUGUUGAAUCAAAACUAAUGAUAGCCAACACCACCCUCCUGGUUUAAUAAAGUUGCUGCUAGCACUAAAGGAAAGAUAAAUUAUGCUUUUGUUAAUUGAAUAUUUUUAAAUGGAAAAACAAAUGUUAUCAACAUUGAUUCCAACAUGGAUAUUUGCCCUAUCACAUGAGAACUGAUUUUUGGACUGGUUAUGUUAAAACUAUCAGUGCAUUCAGAAUUCUCUCUUCUAGCUAUUUUGAGGUACACUAUCUUCACCCUACCAUACAAUAGAACUUAUUACCCUAUUUAAUCACUACACAAUAUAUACAUAACUUCAUGCUGUAUUUCAUUCACAUUUACAUUAUUGUGUAUCAAUAAAAGAAUAAAAAUAAACUUAAAACAUUUUUUCAAUAUUUGGAAAAGAUUUUAAAACCUAUUAGAGUGCCAUUUUUGUAAAGGAUCUUUUUAGGGAAAGACAUGGUCUCAUGCUUCCUUUGUUUGCCUCCAUUUUAAAGACUUUAAUCCCUGUCUUUACCACUUUAAAAAUCCAGUGGGUGAACUCCUCAAUGACUUUUGUCAUCUUGUGUGUGUGUUGCUUAUGAGCAAUGUUCACUGGAUGGCAAGACCUGUGAUGAUACUGUGUCAGUGUAUUCUCUGUGAAUAUGUUUGUACAUACCUGAAAGCUCUAUUUACUUGUACAUAGGUGUUUGGAGGAAUGUAUCUCUGUCACAAAGAAAAGGCUUUUUCUUCCUGUCACGCCGUCUACUUCUUCGUGCUUCUACUACUGAUAAUCAACUUAUAGAAUAUCACUUUAUGUAGCUAAGUCUCUUUGGUGUGAAAAAUAAGAGUAAUAAAAUUAUUGACAAAAUAA